GCUUCUUUAAUAAGUCCAAUCCUUCCUUCCAUCCCCCCAAAAAUUUCGACACUCUUACCAGUGAGUGAAUUUUAUACAUUAUAUAUUCUAUUCAGCCCCCCAUUUGAAUAUCAUCAUUAUCAAUAUUCCCUCUCCAUUUCUUCGCAAAAGUUUUAAUUAUUAUACUUAAAUAGCAGAAAGAAAGAAAGAAAGAACGAACCCCAGCCCCAAAAUCCAUCUUCACUUUUUUCGCUCUCGCCCUUCUCUGCGUGAUAUCCGUCUCUACACGCGCUGAUCCCAACGCGACAAUACACUCUUCAUUGUAGCUCCGUCAGUCAGUCCGUCCCCUCUCAAUGUCCCUCUCAUGAAGCCGCCGCCAUGGUUGAUUUCCCCCUCUCUGGAAUUCUUUCACUUCCUAAUCCGUAUUCCUUCAAGGCAUUGAAGGCAAUAUAUACUUGAGCUAAAGUUUCCCACGGAACACAGAUUAUGGAUAUUGCCGAGAUUGAAGAAACUCUAUCAGCGAUUGGCGAUCCAAAGUUACAUGAAGGAAUGUGCAAAAUACUGUCUGCAAUUUAUGGCAAAGUGCUAGGAAUUUUUCCCGUUCUGGAAGUAGCACAGCCUAGGAGCACAAAAGGAAUUCAGGCAUUAUGUUCUCUGCACAUAGCACUUGAAAAGACGAAGAAUAUUCUUCAACAUUGCUCUGAAUGCAGCAAACUUUACUUGGCUAUAACUGGAGACUCUGUUGUUCUAAAGUUUGAGAAAGCAAGGAGUGCUCUAGAUGAUAGUCUCAGGCAGGUCCAAGAUAUUGUCCCACAAGCUAUAGUUUCUCAGAUUUCGGAAAUUUUAAGUGAACUUGGGGGUGUUGAGUUCUCCCUUGAUCCAUUGGAGAAGCAAGUUGGUGAUGAUAUAAUUGCAUUGCUUCAGCAAGGAAAGAAAUUCAAUAGCAAUUGUAGUGACAAUGAUGAGCUUGAAUCUUUUCAUCAGGCUGUUUCUAAACUUGGCAUUACAUCCUCAAGAGCAAGUCUUAGAGAGAGAAGGGCGCUGAAGAAAGUAUUAGAAAGAGCUCGAAUUGAGGAAGACAAGAGAAAGGAAUCAAUUGUGGCUUAUCUUUUACAUCUCAUGAGAAAAUACUCUAAGCUAUUUAGAAGUGACUUCUCAGAUGACAACGAUUCACAGGGUUCAACACCUUGUUCCCCUACUGUUCAGGGUUCUUUUGGAGAUUGUGGUGGACCUGGUGGCAAUGGUCGUGCCUUUGAUCGACAACUAUCCAAACUCAGUUCCUUUAAGUUCAAGCCCAACUUCAGGAGAUCAGGGCAGAUGCCCAUCCCCCCUGUAGAGCUAAGGUGUCCAAUAUCAUUGCAAAUCAUGUAUGAUCCUGUCAUCAUUGCUUCAGGGCAAACAUAUGAGAGGAUUUGUAUUGAAAAAUGGUUUAGUGAUGGGCAUAAUACUUGCCCAAAAACUCAACAACAGCUGUCCCAUCUGGAUUUGACUCCUAAUUACUCAGUGAAGGGUCUUGUCAUCAGUUGGUGUGAACAGAAUGGAGUUCCUGUUCCAGAUGGUCCACCAGAGUCCCUUGAUCUCAAUUACUGGAGGCUGGCAUUGUCUGAGAGUGAGUCUGCAAAUUCAAAAUCAAUGGAUAGUAUUAGCUCCUGCAAGAUGAAGGAUGUAAAGGUGGUUCCUCUGGAGGAGAGUUUCAUAAUCAAGGAGGCUGAAAGAAAUGAAAUUGAAAGUGUUCCUGUACAAGAGGAAGAGCUUGAGGUUAAUGUGCUUGAAAAAUAUGAUUGCCUUUUGAUAGUCUUGGACAAGGAGGAACAAUUGAGAAAAAAGUGCAGAGUGGUAGAACAGGUAAGGCACUUGCUGAAGGAUGACGAGGAAGCUAGGAUCUAUAUGGGAGCUAAUGGGUGUGUUGAAGCACUGCUGCGGUUUUUGGGGUGUGCUGUGCGUGAAAGGCAUGAAAUGGCCCAGGAAACUGGAGCCCUGGCUCUCUUCAAUCUUGCCGUCAACAAUAACAGAAACAAGGAAAUAAUGUUGGCGGCAGGAAUACUUCCAUUGCUAGCAGAAAUGGUUGACCGAUCCAACUCCUAUGGAGCUGCUAUAGCGCUUUACCUGAAUCUUUCCUGUCUUGACAAAGCCAAGCCCAUAAUAGGCUCAAGUGAGGCUGUCACUUUCCUAACGAAAGUCCUUGUAGCCGAAACUGAUCCACAAUGCAAGCUUGAUGCACUCCAUGCCCUAUUUAAUCUCUCUGCACACCCCUCCAAUAUUCCAAACCUUCUCUCAGCUGGUAUCAUCAACGGGCUCAUGUUGCUCAUCGCAGACUCAAAUGACCACGACCUCGCUUGGACAGAAAAAUGUGUUGCUGUCUGUAUAAACUUGGCUUCUUCAAGUAAUUCAGCAAGAGAGCAAAUGAUAUCAGCCCCAGGACUAAUAGGUGGGCUUGCAACCAUACUGGACAUUGGCGGGCCUGCAGAGCAGGAGCAAGCCGCCUCGUGUCUUCUGAUUUUGUGUAACAGGAGCGAGAAAUGCUGUCAAUUGGUGCUGCAAGAAGGGGUCAUACCUUCACUGGUGUCAAUUUCAGUGAACGGGACGACGAGAGGGAGACAGAAAGCUCUAAAACUUUUGAUGUUAUUCCGAGAGCAGAGGCAACGAGAUGCAUCGGCGGUUCAGACGCAUCAGCCGAGUGAUAAUAGAGACGAGGACAUGGCUGUUCCAGAGCCAAAAUCACAACCCAAUUCGGUCUCAAGAAAAAAGAUGACAAGAGCUUGGAGUUUUUGGAGGAAGAACAAGAGUUUGGUGGUUCACCAGUGUUGAGUUUCUAGAGAAUUAUGCUAAUAGCUAGUGUUGUAAAUCUGUUAGUGUUGAGAUAUUAGAAUCAGAUCAGAUUUGAAUUAGGUUUCUCUCUCAUUAGGAUAGUUUUCAGUUCAACUCUUCACUAUAUAUUAUUAUCAUUAAUAUAUAUAUAUAUAUAUGGUUU